CUGCGGCCUCCCUCUUUCUUCCCGCCCGUAGAGCGGCUGCCGGGGCCGAGCGGGAACGAUUCGUCCUUCGCCUCUGGCGCUAAAGAGUCCCCGCCCCAGACCAUAAAAGGGGCCGAAGGGAGCGAGCGAGCGUGAGCCAUGGCGGCCACCCGGCUACCCCCGACGGCCUUAAGCCUAAAGCAGUUCCUGAGGAGACAGCAAGUUCUUCAGUUAUACAGAAAAAUCCUCAAGACCAUUCGUCAGAUCCCCAAUGAAGCAGAUCGUUGCUACAUGAGAGACUGGGCGAGGGAAGAUUUCAAAAGGAAUAAAGAGGCUACAGAUGAGGAGACAAUUAAGAUGAUGAUCACUCACGGCAACCUACAGCUUCAGGAGCUUGAGAGAACAUUAAAAUUGGCAAAAUCCUAGACUUAAUUCUGCUUACAAGUCAAAGAAAUUUUUUCUUGCAACUAACUGCAAAGACAUUAAGUGGGAGGAGCCCUGCUGAUAAUCCGAAGAUGCCCUGUGUACACUUCUCAAAAGUUUAAUGGAAGACCUGUUGAAUACUCUUUGUCAUGGUAUAAAUGCCAUGCCUGAAGGUGCAAUGAAUAAAAAGACAAGCAAUAACAGCAACAUCUGGACAAUUCAUGUGAAAAGUGCAGAAGUAGAGAAAAGGAAUUUGAUAUCUUAGAUUUAUGAAUUACACUUGUAAAUACAAGAAUACCAUCACUCAUUGGAACUAUUUAUCUUUACAUGUAUUAUAUUUACCUAGAGAGUUCCACAAAGUAAAGAACUGAAUGUUUAGCAGUGCUGCACAAAGCUUUGAAGGGAUGAUUUAAUGAAAUAGAAAUAUGCCUUUGAACUGAAUCAUUGAAUUUAAUCUCCAAGGUAAUAAAGCUACUCAGAGUGGCUUCAGUUCAGAUUUGAAGGGUGUUCUAUGGACUUCUGAUAUUUUCUGGCUUCAGUUUUGUAUUUUUCUUCUUCUAAAACAACUAAGUUGAAGAAGAAUGGACUGUUUUCUUAUAGUGACAUGAGAGUUGACCAGUGUUUAUUUGCAACCAUAGAUUUUAGCAAAAUAGUUAGCCAGUCAAUUUUAUUUCUUUAGAACUAUGCCUAUAGUUCAUGUAUUUGGGUGAACAAGUACGGAGUGGAUCCAAUGUUGUUGUUAUAUAUCUCUGGCUCUUCUGUUAGAAUUUGUUUAGGCAAGUUUAUUUGUAAAGAGAAAAAUAAAGAGAUUCAGUUUUGUUAUUCUUUUUUUAAAUCUUA